AUCCCACUUAACCUUCUUCCCUUUCACUCCCUUCCUCCCUCUCCCCCCCCCCUUUUCCUCUCCGUAUCGACUCCGUCCUUUGGGCUCGUUGCGGACACACUUUGUCUCUUCCUUCUCGUCACUCCUUAGGGUUCGCCUUGUUCUUUCCCGCGCCUACGCCUCUGGCCUUUGCGCAAUCCCGCAUACUUUCCGUCUGGUCGUGGACAUAAUACGCGUCUCGUCGCGCUCCAUCCCGACAACUCACAAGACCACAUAUACCAACCUCGGCCACUCGCGCCCCCGUUCCUCCAUCCCUCACAAUGGCGUCUGUUACUCCCACCACCUUUUACGAGCAGCUCCCGCUCCCCACCAUCGACCGUCCCUUCGGCAUCGAGCUGUGGCCCAUCUUCGACAAGGCAUGGACCGCCGUCGUAGGUUAUCCCACCAGCGAGUUCCGCUUCAAGCAGGGUGACACUCCCAUGUCCACCCUCAAGGAGACCCUCAUCUUCAUCGUCAUCUACUACACCAUCAUCUUCGGUGGCCGUGAGUGGAUGCGCAACCGCGAGCCUUUCAAGCUCAAGACGCUCUUCCUGAUCCACAACUUUUAUCUUACCGCCAUCUCCGGCAUACUUCUGGUCCUCUUCGUCGAGCAGCUCCUGCCCACCGUCGUUCGCGGCGGCGUCUUCCACGCCAUUUGCGACAAGGAAGGUGGCUGGACUCAGCCUCUCGUUGUUCUCUACUACUUGAACUACCUGACCAAGUAUCUCGAGCUCCUCGACACAUGCUUCCUUUUCCUCAAGAAGAAGCCCCUGACCUUCCUCCACUGCUACCACCACGGCGCGACCGCCUUCCUGUGCUACACCCAGCUCAUCGGCUCUACCGCCGUCUCUUGGGUCCCCAUCACCCUGAACCUGACCGUCCACGUCGUCAUGUACUGGUACUACUUCCAGAGCGCCCGUGGCGUCCGUAUCUGGUGGAAGGAGUGGGUCACUCGUCUCCAGAUCAUCCAGUUCAUCAUUGAUCUCGGCUUCGUCUACUUCGCCUCGUACACCUACUUCACCUCGACCUACUUCCCCUGGAUGCCCAACGCCGGCAACUGCGCCGGAGAGGAGUUCGCUGCCUUUGCUGGUAUCGGAACUCUCAGCUCCUACCUCGUGCUCUUCAUCUCCUUCUACGCCGCCACCUACAAGAAGGACGGCAAGAAGACCACCACCCGCAAGUCCCUGCGUCGCAUGUCCCAGGCGCCCCUUCCCGACCCUCACAACAUUGGCUCGCCCAGCAAGGUCGUCAACGGCUCUGCCUCGACCACUGGCGCCAAGGCCAGCGGUGGCACUCCCCGCUCGCGCAAGGCUUAAGCGUAUUGCUUCGAGAUUCCGGUGCUAUGCCUCGAUUUCGGCGUAUGUGAUCAUGGGGAGGUGCAGCGCCAUGUGACGACAGCCCUGGGACUGGGUCAUGGACUCGGAUCUCCAAUUGGGAAUUGGUCCAGCCCGCAAACUCUUUCUGAACAGUUGCGAGCUGUCAAACACGACCGACCAACUCAAUUCAAUGGCCUGGAACAAAACAGUUUAUGGAGAGGGGGUGGGCGGCCGUUUGGCUCAUGUCGAGCGUGUACGGUCCUGAUGACGACGCGGGCAGCUGACGACCUUUGUAUAUGUUUGUGUACCUUAGGCGAACAGGACGGCAAGGAGGGGGGGUCUUUGGGUUGGCAGGCAGGCAAGAUUACACGUCACGAAGAGGCCGUAGAAGAAGGGGGAGAUCCCUGGAGCAGAGCAGCAAGCCUGGGCUUUUUUUUGGGAGGCCUGCGCCCUGCAUGGGAACCCCCCUUUUUGGUAAAGCCUUUGUAAUAACUUUUGUCUUUGUCUUAUUGUGGUAGAAGUUGUAGCGGGUGACGCCGUGAAUGAUAGUAAUCCAUUUUUC